AUGCUCAUGAAAUCUGCCCUGGUGGCUAUCUGGGCUACGGCGGCCGCAGCCGUCAACCCCCUCAAGAUUGACGGCCGCAACUUUGUCGAUGAGGAUAACAACCGCUUCCAGAUCGUUGGUAUGGCCUACCAGCCUGGUGGCAGCGCCGGCUACAACCCCAAGACCGGCAAAGACCCCCUCAGCCACAAGGAUGCCUGCCUCCGUGACGCCGCCCUCAUGCAGGUCCUCGGUGUCAACGCCAUCCGCGUCUACAACGUCGACCCUGACAUCAACCACGAUGAGUGCGCCAGCAUCUUCAAUGCCGCCGGCAUCUACAUGAUGAUCGACGUGAACUCUCCCCUCGUCGGCGAGUCCAUCUCCUCGUACCAGCCCUGGACCACCUACUACGACACCUACGUCAACCGCACCUUUGCCGUCGUCGAGGCCUUCUCCAACUACCCCAACACUCUUCUCUUCUUCUCCGGCAACGAGAUCAUCAAUGACGUCAAGUCUGCCGCCGAUGUCCCCCCCUACAUGCGCGCCAUCACCCGUGAUCUCAAGAACUACAUCUCCAAGAACAUUGACCGCAAGAUUCCCGUCGGCUACUCCGCCGCCGAUGUCCGCUCUGUUCUCUGGGACACUUUUGACUACGUCACCUGCGCCCUCGACGGCAGCGACGACGACGCCAGCCGUGCCGACUUCUUCGCCCUGAACUCGUACUCUUGGUGCGGUAUCGACGCCACCUUCACCUCGUCCGGCUACGACAAGCUCGUCAGCGGCUUCAAGGACAGCUCCGUCCCCGUCUUCUUCAGCGAGUACGGCUGCAACGAGACCCCGCAGCGCUGGUUCAACGAGACGCUGGCCAUCUACAGCGACAAGAUGUACAACGUCUUCUCGGGUGGUGUCGUCUACGAGUACACCCAGGAGGACAACGACUACGGCCUCGUCGAUGUCUCCGGCAGCACCGCCAAGCUCCUCGAUGACUACGUCCACCUCAAGGAGAAGCUCGCCAUGGUUGACUGGGAGAGCAUGGAGGGCAUGGAGCCCCUCGCCGACGAGGCGAUUGUCGAGUGCAGCUCCAAGCUCAUCACCGUCGACGGUUUCGACAGCAACUUCACCCUCCCCGACCUCCCCCCCAACGUCGCCCCCAUGAUCAAGAACGGCAUCAGCCCCAAGCCCAGCGGCAAGAUUGUCGACAUCAGCAGCUACGACGUCACGCUCAAGGUCGAGGACGCCGAGGGCAACGCGCUCAGCGACCUCAAGGUUGUCCCCAUAACCUCGGCCAACUACAACGGCAAGAACAAGGCCGAGACUGGCAGCAGCAGCAGCAACAGCAGCAGCAGCAGCAGCAACAGCACCGACUCUUCCAGCGCCGACGCCGACUCGAGCUCCAGCGACGACGACUCGAGCGCCGCCAUGAUGGCCAUGCCCGCUAUCUGGGCCGCCGCCGUGCCCGUCCUCGCCAUGAUCUUUGCUUAG